GAAUUUUGGACCCUAUGCUGCAGAAAAUGGCUGCUUGCGGCAGUAGCCGAGAUGACUCCCACAUGUGCCGGAAUCUACACAAGCUGAUUGAGAAGUCUGGAAGAGCCCUCCAGCUUCCUAUUUCAACAGCCUGGGUGCCCAUCAAAACGUCUAGGCGGGGCAGGCCUCUGAAAACGAAGAUGGUGGAUUAUCCGCUGCUGCGACCUUCAGACUGGCUUACAUGCAUCUUCAAGACUGGUGGCCAGUUCCUCUUAGCAGGGCAGACUUUAGAUGACAUCGAGGCUUUCGGAGACACCCUUGAAACCUUUUGGUCUAGAUACACGGCCCUUGAUCCGCAUCUGGAGUUUGAAGGAAAUCCUCGUUUGAGAAUUCCGUACUUGCUGCACGGUGAUGAAGGCCGUGGACGAGGGCAUUCGUUGUGCACCCGCCUGCUCCUAGCUGUGCUACCGUCAGUGCUGUACGUGCAAGACAAGACGUUGGAUGCUGUUCUGUCGGCGUUGGUGCAAGACCUCGUUACUCUACAAGUGGAUGGCAUUGACGACUGGUGGAAUGUCAAAGGCAACAUCAAGUCUUUGGCGGCCGAUUACGUGCCAUCAAACCCCUUCAAGACAUGGUUGGAGCCAUCCCCUUUGAGACUUCUACCACAUGCAGAUGACCCGAAACUGAUCCGUGUGGAUGCUGCCCACACAUGGGCCAUCAAUGGUGUUGGCAAGGACUUGUAUGCCUCAUCUCUGAUUUUGCUAUCAAGGAUGGGCUUGUUCGGGAAGAAUGGAUCUAUAGAGCGGCGACUACAGGCGGCUUUUGAGAAAUUCCAGGAUUUCCUGAACCGUACAGGGAAAUCCAGCACAAUUGAUAUCUUCAACUUUAUGACUCUGAAGUGCUCCAAGUACAACAGCUACCCCUCCGGACUGGGGAAAGGACACGAUUGUGCUGUUGUGGGCGCAUGGCUUGCAGAGGAGCUUGCUGGAGCGGACCCAGCCUCGCUGGAACUGAAGUAUCGAGCCGUCUUCGAUGUCUUACGUUUCACAGUGAGAGUCUCUGACCAGUUUUGGCGAGGCAUCUACAGUGGUGGCAUGUGGCUUGACCGCGCAAAUGCGCAGGAGCUUUGCGUUGACGGCUGGCAUAUCGUUGCUGGAUAUUCAACCCUGGCCUCCCUGUCGGCGAAAUUUGGCCACAAACUCUACCACAUCCGACCGAAGUUGCACAUGCUAGCUCACAUCGUGCUCUUCCUCCAACACCAGUGUGACCGAGAAUGCCAAUUUAUCUUGAACGUCAGCACUUUUAUGACUUGGAGUGACGAAGACUUCAUUGGCAAUCCCCAGCCGUUGGCCACCGUUGCCGAGUUUGGGGACUUGGAUUCAUUGAAGGUGCUACUGGAUGCCGGCGCAUCGCUUCACAAGACUACGUCAACAGGGGGGGAGGCGAUACAUUACGCCGCCAAGGGUGGCCAUCAAGAAGUGCUGACUGAGUUGCUUGCUCGCCGUGCAAGCCUGGAUGCUCGAGGCCCUGAUGGAGCCCAACCUCUCCACUGGGCUGCGAUGGAGGGCAGCCCCGACGUAAUCGACUUCCUGAUCCGUCACGGCGCAAAGCCAAACUCGCAAAUGGUGGAUGGAGCCACUACGCCAUUACAUUUGAGCUCUGCAAGUGGUCACAGGUCUCUGUUGAAAGCCUUGCUGUCGGCGAGAGCGGACCCUUAUGCUCUGGAUGGGGCGAAGCUUUCUGUUGUCCAAAUUGCGCGAUCCAGAGGACAUGAAGAUGAAAUCCUCAGUGGGCUGCGUAACGCUGGUGUAGACGUGCCUUCUGCUCCGCGCAGCACGGAGCUGUAG